AGCUGGCAGCGGUUUCAUUUUUAAAUCGCGAUCGAUUGUUUGUUUAAACUUUAGUAACAAAAGAUGUACAAAUGCGUAUUGAACGCCAUAAGGAAUAAACGGUAGAUGUUACAGAGAUGGCUGUACUGUACGGACAUGAUCCUGCAACUGGCCCAAGAACAACGAAUUUUUGCUGCAUGAAAUGGCAGGAAGUAGUUUAAGUGACAGUUUGAAUUUGAUCCUCCUGGGGAAAACAGGAGCUGGGAAAAGUGCUUCAGGAAACACAAUAUUGGGACGAGAAGCGUUUGAAUCAGUGAAAAGCUCUACUUCAGUCACACGAGACCUUACAGUUGAGUCUGGAACUGUCUGUGGACAAUUGGUCACUGUUUAUGACACACCAGGAUUAUUAAACACAGACAUGAGUGAACAUGAGAUUCAGCAUAAACUUAUAAGGACUCUUCAGAGAUGUGCAUCAGGUCGCUGUGUGUUUCUGCUGGUCAUCAAAGCGGACAGAUUCACUGCAGAAGAGAGAGAAGCUGUGCAGAAGACUGAGGAGCUGUUAGGAGACGAACGCCUGAAGAAAACCUGGAUUCUCUUCACCAGAGGAGACGAACUGGAGGAGGAAAAAAUGACCAUAGAUAAAUUUAUCAGUCAUACUGAACCACUGAAGAAACUCGUUCAGAAAUAUGAUCAGAGAAAUCACCUGUUCAACAGCAAGACAACAGGACAGAGUGAGCAGGCUAGAUCACUGCUGCUGAAAAUUCUCCAGAGAUCUUUUGGAGUAAAGGUCACCAACUGGACAAGGAACGACUUCCUACAAUAUUCCCGUCAGUUCACUCUGGAUCCGAACACAGUGAAUAAAGGCCUCCGUCUGUCUGAGAACAACAGAGUGGUUACUAACACUGAGACAUAUCAGUCGUAUCCUGAUCAUCCAGACAGAUUUGAUUGUUGGUAUCAGGUGUUGUGUAGAGAGAGUGUGUGUGGAUGCUGUUACUGGGAGAUUGAGUGGAGUGGAGAUGUGGACAUAUCCGUGUCAUAUAAGAGCAUCAGCAGGAAGGGAGGGGGUGAUGACAGUUUGUUUGGAUAUAAUGAUCAGUCCUGGUGUUUGAACUGCCGUCCCUACGGAUACUCAUUCAGACACAAUAACAUAGUGACUGGUCUCCCUGUGAAGCCCAUCAGCAGGAGAACAGGAGUGUUUGAUUAUGUCUGGAGAAUAGGAGUGAAUGAUGAUGAUGAUGAUGAUGAUGAUGAUGAUGUCUGGAGAAUAAGAGCGUUUGAUCAUACCAGUAGAAUAGAGUCCAUCAUCAGGAGAAUAGGAGUGAAUGAUGAUGAUGAUGUCAGGAGAAUAAGAGUGUAUGAUUAUGUCAGGAGAACAGGACUGUAUAGUACUAUCUAUAGAACAGGAGUGUAUGAUGAUGAUGAUGAUGAUGUUGUCAGGAGAAUAAGAGUGUAUGAUUAUGUCAGGAGAACAGGACUGUAUAGUACUAUCUAUAGAACAGGAGUGUAUGUGGAUGUGAGUGCAGGAACUCUGUCCUUCUACAGCGUCUCUGACACAAUGAGUCUCAUCCAUACAGUCCAGACCACAUUCACUCAGACGCUCUAUCCUGGGUUUUGUGUUUAUUCUGGAUCAGUUUCACUGUGUGAUGAAUGAGAAUAGACUGAUGAGAGAUUGUACCCAUAAUGCUUUGAGCUGAUGAUGAAUCAGUAUUAUCGAGUGUCUUCAUCACAUGAAUAUGAACAUGAAUCAGAAUAAAUGUGUGUGAUGAAUCCUCAUCUAGACAGUAAAUCAGUGUGUGUUUCUGUGCUUUUCUCAGUAUUAUUACUAUCAAAAUCAGUCUGAUAUCUGAUCAUUCCUGUGAUUUUUCUCUAUUGUUUGUAAUAAAACACAAUGUCAAAUCAUCUUGUGAUCAUAUUUUAAUUGAUGAUGAAUGUGUGAAUUGUCUGAAUGCUGC